CUCCACUGGAGCUUCGACUCAUGGCCAUCAAGCCAUGGCUUUGUUUUGCCGCGGUGCUGUGCCCGUUACCGUGGAGCUUCUCGGCCAUCUCUCAGGCGGAUCGCGGCGCGCGGAUCCACGGCCACUUCCCCGACGUGGACGUGCUCUGUGUGGACUGGCGGACGCGGCCCUUGGCGGCGCAGAUUCCAGUGCCAUGGCUGGCCAGGAAGGUUCAUAACUGGAGUGCCAGGAAGAUUGUGGCGAAGAAGAAAGAUCUUCCAUCAUCUCGCGAUUUCUACAAAUCUUCGAUUCAUCUGACCUUGUCGCAGAAGGGUUUCUUGGAAUAUCGCUGGGUUAUCCAAAAGUGUGUCCCAGGGGCUGCCCACGUCGCCAUCAAACAACCAAAGCUGCGGCUCCUGCGAAUUCUUCUACGACUCUUCAUGCGCGACUCAGCGCAUACGCAGCUGGAGUGUGGCUUUCAGUCAGCUGGCAGGUUGAAGGUGUCUUCCAAGCUGCCCAAAAAUCCAGGUGAAUUGAGGAGAAGCCUCCAGGUCUAUGCGCCCUACUCCAGUUUUCAGGUGAUCUUGCAGAAGUGGGAGCAGCAAAAUCAUCCAGAGAAAGACUUCCGGAAGGCCAAUGAAUUUGCCAGGGAGUGCUUGUUGUGGUGUGCCGAACAACCGCAACGAUUGUGAUACCCCACCUCCGGCUGCGUGGACCUCGAAGACUGCGGUGCUGGCGGUCGCUUCGGUGAAGUCGAUGGAUACGUCGCGUGGCUGUAUCCUCCGGAGGAACUGGCUGUCCUCUCCGUGGGUGGUGGGUCAUCGCCUACACCCGGCCUGAUCAUUUGUGCAAUAACUGGAUGAAAUAGGUCAAAACCUAGCCGUGGGAGGAUGAACGGCACCAGCUAUACACCAGCUGUUUUGGUGUGAAAACCACGGUACGGCUUUCGGUCCGUGGUAUAUGAGUCUGUCCAAACAUGGGGCACCCUCGACGUUUACUGGCUUGGAAUAGGCUUGGAACCUAGUUUUCCUCGUUAAAAUGUUGGAGACACAUAGACUGGCCAAAAUGAGCAGUGUUGUUUCAGACCCGGACCCCGGUUGAAAA